CUCUAUCCACUAGGGGAAGCUGGUGUCGAACUGCGGCACGGGUGUUCAGUUAACAGUAUUUCUUUUAAUUGCAUUUUAUUUUGGGGGGUGAGGGGCGGGGGAUCUGGGGGACGUCAUAAAUUAAUUCAAAUGCAUAGAAAUAAAAUCAAUACAAACAUAAGAGUUAGAAAAUCAUUGUCCGUUCGCCCACGCGAGUACAAGGAGGCCAACGCGUGUGCGUGUGCGCGUCUGCGGGUGCGUUGGAUUGUUACCCUGCAGAUCGGAAGCAGCGCCGGAUUGUGUCCAACGAGCAGGUGAAAAUCUGCUGUGAAGGUUAUUGAUGUGAGCUGGACGGUAUGGUUCACUGCAAACAAAUGGCUCCUUAUCUGGUCACCACAACAUGCCUUCUCUUUUCCAGGAUCAUAAUAACACAGCAAACCCACAUGAGUUCCUUCCACACAUUUCUUUUCCCUCCACAUGGGCCUCAGAUGUUUCCAUGCCUGACUUACUUGGAGAGGAACGUCAGGGUGGACUGUGAGUUUCCAGACUCCAACGAGAUCCCGGGCCCCUACUGCGAGUAUCGUCAGGAUAGCAGGCUGGUGGGCAGCACCUACCCCAACACUGUCAUCUAUGUGUCCAUGGAGGACCGCAGGAGGAGCAACGUCAGCCUGUUUGCCCCAAACCUGUGCCGCCUCACCUGGGCGCCGAUGGGCGAUGAGAAGCCUUACACGUACACAUGCAGAGUUUACCAAGGCACGAGCUGGAAAGAGAACAGCAUGGCUGUGCAUCACCGGAAUCUACCAAUCUGCUCAGCAAUCAGCGUGAUGUUUGAAUCCGCACCGUGGUUUUUGUCAGCGGUGCUGUUGCAGUUCCUAUGGCAGUGGGUCUUCUGAAUCCAUGAACUUCCCCUGAUGGUACAAUGGAUCUGGUUUGGGGCUCACUUAAAUGUUGAAUCAAUUUAAGAUGGUCCUGAUUGAGAAUAUUUCACAACAGGAUAGAAAAAUACAUCUCCGGAGCCUUAGAGAAGCACUUUUUUUUUAAGUCAGACACAUGUUUUAAAUCUUACUUUUGCUUCAGAUACAUCAGUAAUUUGUUUUGUUUUGGGUUUUGUUUUGCUCCAGGGAACAUGAUUAUCCGAUAUGAUAUCUUAAGACCACAUUCAUUUUGUUUGUGGUCAGGAUUUGGUUUGCUUUUAUAAAUGAGUCACAUUCAUCUUUGUGGAUAGAUACCAUUCUUUAUGUUUUGCAUGUUUUAUGUUGCUCUGGUAUACAAAUCGAUUAACCUUCAGCAUAUACACUUACUGGUCACUUUAUCUGGUAUGCCCGUAAUGCAAAUCUAUGAAAUGUUACAAAUACCUCUCAGAAUGAUGCAAUUUGACACUGCUGCAAAUUAAAACCAAAAUAAUAGACGUAUAGUUAAAUCAAUAAAUACGUCAAUAGCUUUUGAUCUAAAUUAUCUUUGUACCGUAAAUUCAGAAAUUGUGAUACAGCACAUUGGAUUUUUAGCUGCACCCAAUUAAGUGUCCAUGCAGUAAAUGUAUCUCCACUUUUCAAGUGAGGGCGUGCUGCCUUUCAAAGUAAGGUAUAUUUCCUUUCAUUUUAAAUGUUGACUAUUUUAGAAGUGUUCCUUUGCCAAGCUGUUAUUUAAUACUAUACCAGACAUUGUGGCUCUGUCAUAUACUCAUAUAGUACCACAACUAACUAACAACAAGUAGCGCUUAAAUUGCAUUACAACGCAAAUAUGAUGUUUUUCCCAGUAUUAAUACAGUACAUUUCGAGAAAUGUAUGGAUGCUAAUAUGCCCAACAGCCUAAACGGAGUAAAGUAUCCACUUGUCCAAGACAAAGGCAGUACAAGUAAUUGUUGGAUGGAAUGUCUGAAAUAAACUUUGACAAUCUUGUGAUGUUUAAAAUCGGGAGUCCUCUCCCUGUUCUUAUUCUUAAAAAAUAUGUAAAAGUACACAAGUUGAAAAUUUAAUUGAAAAUGUAUGUUUCAAAUUCACUCGAAGAUUCAUCACAUUAUUCUUUUUAAACAUGGUUGCUAUUUUUUUGGGGAGGGGGGUUCUCUGCUAUGAGUAUUGUUUCACGUGAGCACUUUAAAGAUAAUAAAUAUUUUUUUUCAUUUAACUACCUUAUACUGUGUUGCCAAAUACUGUAUGAACUAACUGCUGUAACAAAGUUACAGCAAUAAAUAUGUAAAUCCACA